UGAUCAUUUCUCAAAUCACAAGUAAUCAUGGGUGUUUUCAGUUAUGAAUCUGAGGUUGUUACUUCAAUCCCACCAGCCAAGAUGUUUAAGGCUUGUAUCCUUGAUGGUGACAAGCUCAUUCCCAAGGUUGUUCCUCAGGCAUUUAAGAGUGUUGAGUAUAUUGAAGGCAAUGGUGAGCCUGGGAGCAUCAAGAAAGUUACUUUUGGAGAAGGAAGCCAAUUCAAUUACGUGAAGCAGAAGAUAGAAGCACUAGACAAAGAAAAUUUUGUGUAUAGUUAUAGUAUAAUCGAAGGAGAUGCUUUGAUGAACACUCUUGAGAAAAUAACUUACGAAACCAAAUUAGAACCCUCUGCAGCUGGGGGAUCCAUAUGUAAGACUACUAGUAAAUAUUACAACAUUGGCGACUUACAGCUCAAGGAAGAGGAAAUCAAGGCAGGCAAAGAAAAGGCCUCGGGAAUGUUCAAGGCUAUUGAAGCCUACCUCUUGGCAAAUCCUGAAGCCUACUAAAAAUCCCAAUAUUGAGAAUUUGAGAUAGCAUCCACUUCAAUGAUCAUACAAUGUGGAAUGCAUAUGUACCUUUUUUUUUUUAGUUUCUAGUUUUAGCGGUUGUUGGUCCAUAUGACCUUCAUAUUGCUAAUAAGAGUUCACAGUUUGUCCUGACUAGCAGGAAGCUUGAACUGAAAAUGUCAACUGCCAGUAAUAAAUAAAGGAGCGUCGAAUGUGUUUAGCUUUAAAUUAAAAGUUGUUUUGCGAUCAAGCUAUCCAUUGAAAAUGAUGAGUGCAUUAUCUUCAUCUUUCAAGAUUUACUAGUUAUAUAUCCUGAACAUAACAAAGUCAAGUUUUAGAAGAAAUGUGAGACUAAUUCUGACGCGUAAACUAGUUCUUUUUGGACAUUUUGUCGGAAAAGUUAGAAAUUCGUGAUUGUAGUUAAAUUGAAAUUAAAAUUACAUGAUAACUUUUACGAGAUCGAUUAAUAAAAAUUCUUUGUUUGAAUGCCAGGUAGUAUGAACAAGGCAAUAAAUAUUGACGUCCA